CUUCUUCACUGGAACCAUCCCAACAAAUUAUCUCUCUCUCUCUCUCUGAAAGUAUCAGUAUCUCUCUCUCUCUCUCUCUUUCUCUGUAUAUUUAUCAGUCGCUUGAUUGGAGAUCUCUAAUUAUGGCUCUUGAAGCUCUCAAGUCUCCGACGCCAGCUACGGCGGCGCUUCGCAUGGAGGACGUCGCCGUCGACAUGGACAUCCACGGGCUCGAGCCAUGGAAGAAGAGGAAGCGUUCGAAGAGGCCGCGUAGCGAGGAUUCGCCGACGGAAGAGGAGUACUUGGCGCUUUGCCUUCUCAUGCUCGCUCGAGGAGGCGCCGCCUCUCCAGCCACCGCGUCAGAGGACGAAAACACGGAGUCUCGGCCGUCGGCGUCGGCGGCGGCACCGGCCUACAAGUGCAGCGUCUGCGACAAGGCCUUCCCGUCGUACCAAGCGCUCGGCGGCCACAAAGCCAGCCACCGGAAGCUCGCCGCCGCCGCAGCCGCCGCGGAGGACCACCCUUCUACCUCCGCCACCACGGCCUCCGGCGCCACCCUCGACCCUAGCGGCCGAACCCACGAGUGCUCCAUCUGCCACAAGUCCUUCCCCACCGGCCAAGCCCUUGGUGGCCACAAGCGUCGCCACUAUGAAGGCGGCAAUAACAAAGUCAACGGCAGCAGCCCCUUCACCUCUUCGGAAGGCGCCGGGUCGAGCCAGAGCCAGAGCCACCACCGGGGCUUUGACCUGAACAUCCCAGCCUUGCCCGAACUCUCCCUCGGUCUCGGCGUUGACUUGUCGAGAAAAAGUCAACUUCCCGGCGACCAAGAAGUGGAAAGCCCUCUACCCACGAAGAAACCCCGUUUAUCGCUCCUCUCGGAUUUGGAAUUAUCAUAAAAUAAUUUAAUUCAAUUUAGUUGGGAAUUGAAUUCUUCAUGUAAAUUAAUUUGCUUUGCUUAAUUUUCUGGGGGUUUGGUUGGAUAUAUAUAUCUUUUGUUCAGAAUUCAUUUAUUCAUUGCCUGAUUAAGGCUUAAUUAAUCAUCAUUGAUUUGAUAA